CUGCGGUCUAUAGAGUGAAAGAAAGCAUGUUUGUCUCUUUCUAACUUAUGCACUAGUGCACUAGCAGUGCAGCUGAAAAGAACAGAUCCAUAUAUGCCAAGACCCAAGACCUGCCGAAACCUGCCAAGUUUGAACCACAUUAUGUGAUUAUAGGUUAUCAUAAACAAAUCGAAUAAUAAAUUGUUUCUAUGUAACAUUGUAAAAAUUUUAAUCUAUUAUUGAAUAAUAUAUUUGAGAAAAUGAGGGAAGUCCCGCUCACAAAUUGCGAACGAAAUUUUGUAAACAAAUGUAUAGAAGAGGAAACGAGAUUAGAUGGCAGAAGAUUAUUACAGCCGCGUCCAGUAAAGAUUUAUUUUGGUUCUAAAUGGGGAUGUUGCAUGGUAUCUCUUGGACAUACUAAAGCAAUAGCACAAGUGUCAUGUGACAUACGACAACCAAAAACAUUUCGUCCUAAUGAAGGCACAAUAUAUAUAAAUGUUGAGCUUGCUCCAUUAGCAGCGCAGCAUUUUGAAAGUGGCAGACAAUCUGAAGCUGCUAUAUUGAUCAGUAGACAGUUGGAAAAGUGUUUCAAAGAUUCAAAGUGCGUAGACUUGGAAUCUCUCUGUAUUGUAGCGGAUAAAAAGGUGUGGAGCUUGAGAAUUGAUAUUAAUAUCAUAAAUCAUGAUGGAAAUCUGAUCGAUUGUGCCUCUAUAGCGGUACUUGCUGCUCUCAUGCAUUUUCACAGGCCAGAUGUUACUUCCACUGGCGAGGAAAUUAUUAUACAUCCAGCAUCCGAGAAAGAUUUUCUUCCAUUAACAUUGUUUCACUAUCCAGUUUGUGUAUCUUUUAUAACUUUUGAAAAUGGUAAUACCAUAAUGGAUCCAACAUACAUAGAAGAAAGAGUUGGUGUUGCUGAACUUACUCUUGGUAUGAACUCUUACAGAGAACUCUGCAGUUUACAUUUCGAUUAUUUAACGAAAACCAUGACAGUUGAAGAUGUUAUAUCUGCUGUUUCUAAUCACGCGGCAAAUUAUGCUACUAAAUUAGUGCAAGAUAUUAAAGAGGCGGUAGCUAAAGAUGUACAAUCACGAUACAAAAAAGAUGAUAGUGAUACAAGUCGAUUUAAAGAGAGCAUUCAAACGAAUAAGAUUACAACAAUGAUAAGUGAUCAUAUUAGUAUUAAAUUGCAAAAAUGGGAUGAAACUAUGAUAGAAGAUCAUGCGGAAAUAGAAAAUAACAACAAGAGUUGCAUUAUAAAACACGAAGAAGGAUCUGCUGAAUUAAUAUCUGUUUUUGAUGAUUCAAUUAAUAAAGAAGAAAGUUUUAACAGUACAUAUGACUCAGAUUCGGACAAUCAAUGCCUGGAAUUAUCGAAUCCGGAAAAGAAACACAUAAUUAUAGAUUUAGUGGACGAUAGCGACUAAAUUCAACGAUAAGAAAGAGAGAUGUAUACUAAAUAAAUUUAAAAAAUUAAACGUGUUAAAAUAUGUUAAAAAAUCUAUCAUUUUUAUUUCAUGAUGUCUAUACAUUUCUCCAGAAUGAC